GGGCCGUGCCCGCCCCGCCGCGGGAGGAGCCGCGGCCGCAGCCGGAGCCGGAGCUGGAGCUGGAGCCGGAGCGGGGCGGGCGGGGCCGCAGCCGGAGCGGGAGGAGCCGCCGGGCGGGACGCGAGCGGGGGAUUUCUCCUGGGAGGCCAUGGAGCUUUCGGCCAACGAGCUCAGCAUCUAUGACAAGCUCUCCGAGACCAUUGACCUGGUGAGGCAGACUGGCCACCAGUGUGGCAUGUCAGAAAAAGCCAUUGAGAAGUUCAUCAAGCAGCUCUUGGAAAGAAACGAACCCCAGAGGGGCCCUCCACGGUACCCUGUCUUAGUGGCUCUCUACAAGGGCCUGCUCACGCUGGGCUUGGUGCUGCUGACUGUGUACUUGGUGAUCCAGCCCUACAACCCGCUGCCGCCCGAAGCGCCGCUCUCCAGAGCCCAGGCCUGGGGCUCCCUCGUCGGCCACAUCCGGCUGCUGUCCCUGCCCAUUGCCAAGAAGUACAUGUUGGAGAAAUGCCAGGACUGGUGGGCAGCAGGUUGCAGACAGAACACUUCCGCACUUCCUGCAAACUGCACAGUCUGUUCUGCUGUGAAAAGCCUUCAGAUAGUGACAGACUUCAGAGAGCUCUCAGAAAAGCUCCAGAGGCAUCAGCCUUUUCUAAUCAAGACAGGGCAGCAUCUCUCCUAUGAAGAACUGAAGCAUUUUCAGUCCCAGGAUCCAGAACUGGCAGAGGUUAUAAUAGAAGAAAAUCCAGCUGAGUUAUGGAGCUGCCCAUUUUUCUUUCCCUGGAACAAGUCCGUGAAUAAAUCUCGGAUUCUGCAGGAAUUUUUCCCUGCUUCCUCUUUGCUGUCCUUCCCCAAGAGAGUGUCCCUAGAGAGCUGCUUCCUCAUCCGCCAUCCAGAUUUGGGGAAUAAGAGCUACAGCCUGCACAGCCUCUUCGCUGUUGGGAGUGGGCAGCUCACCCUGACUGUGGCACCUCUGGACACGUGCAGAGGACACUGUGAGAUGUUCAAGGUGGAGCUGGAAGCUGGGGAUUUGGGUUAUGCCAGCGCAGAUCACUGGACAAUGAGCUUCAUGGCCAGAGGGACAGAGCCAGCUGUGGUUUGUGAUGGAGCUGCCAGCUAAGGAUGGAGGGGUGGGAAAACAGAGCUGUUCCCAGGACAGGAAGACUUUCAGCUUCAAGCCAAGGCAACGUCUUGAGAGGAGCGAGCCGGGGCAACUGGGGCAGGCAGCUUUGCCACCCUGCAUGUUUACAGUGUUGAAAAGUGACUAUUUUCCUGACCCUUGAGGUAAUCCUUUGCCUUUCCUCAAAUGUAUUUUGGGAGAAGCUCAAGCUAUUUAUGACCCUCCCUGUCCCCUCAGGUAAGCCCUGGGUUUGCAGCAAAGGGUUUUUUUUCCAGGAGCAGCAGAUGGAUUUCUCAGGAUGAGAUUCACCUUGUGUUCUUUGUGGAUUAUGGCACUUCUGAAACUUCCUGGGGGGUUUGGGAGUGGAUGGGGUGUGUGACAUUUCUGUACAUUCCUCCUGAGGAGGAAGCUUUGAGCCUGUGUAGUCAGGCCAGUUCUAUAAAGGGAAUUAAUUGGUGAUGUGUGUCAGCUCUCCCUCACGUCCGCAGCUGUGUGAGCCCUGCAGAGCUGAUCUUGGCUCCUGCUCCCGGGCUGGGGAGAGCCUCAAGCCUGAGAGCAGAAACUCUCACCCACUUUGUCCUUCUUGUACCAAAAGAAUCCCUUCAGGCCUCUGUGUUGUAAUCACCCUUCUGCAGCUCUCUGUCAGCAGGUUGUGAAUGAGUCAAAUGGUAAUUGUGCUUUUCUUCACCUCCACUUCCUUUCUUGCAAAAUCACCAACACACGACACACACGUUAGUGGUGCUGGUGGUGCAGGAGUUCUGGAUGGAGCUGGGGCUGGGAGGGAGCAGCUCUGUCCAACUUCCACCUCAGACACCAAGGGCUGCACAGCCCUUCUCAACUGCUCUUUGUUUUUGGAGACACUGCCUGCGUUCCCAGCCCACGGUACCUCUGGGAGCACCUGAAACCUCUCUCUUCCCUGGCAUAUUUUUGCAUUGACUCCUUCCAGACCUGGAACUCUGUCUUCAGAAUGAACGUUGGUUUUUCCUGGGUCCUUUCCAAGCUGCCUUUGCGUGUUUCCUGCUGCUGGAGCAGGGCUGUCUCCAGUGCCCUGAGAGAGGCUCGGGUUCGGUGUUUGCUCCGGUCCCUUCCAAGUCUGAUCCUUUGGGCCUGAUCCCACUGCUGAAGAUCAUUUACAGAUGUGUCAGGCUGAACUCAUAGGCCAGGGCUGGAGUUCAGGACAUACUCUCACACUUGUUAAUAUGGAGUUGGGAGGGGUUUUGGUUGACAGUGAGUUAACUCUGUUCUCAGGAGCAAGAGCCUUUUUCUCUGUAAAUAUUUUAGGUACAUGUCAAAUGACAGAUUGGGAAAACGUCUGUCCACCCUUUGUUUUUGAGGAGAAUGGGAGCAAACAUUGUGCUAAUCUGAUUAGGAGCUGACAAAAGCUGCCAAGUGGGAUGACCAGGUCUGGCUCCUGUACAAGAAUAAGGCAGAGGACAGUUCCUGCUCCAAAGAAUUUAGUCUGAGGCCUUGACACUACAAACAUUUCUAUGCAUAAUCCUUGUUUUUCUCCUGUCAAAACAAUGAGAACAAGCCCAGCACCUGUGUUAGUCUGUGCGUGGCCCUCGGUGCUGGACACACACCAGAUCUAGUAGAACCAAAGGGGGAGAGUCUUGCUCUCUCAGGAUAGAAAAGGACUAAUAUAAUUUGUUACAAAGUAUUAAAGGGAAUUGGACUAAUAAAACUUCCAUUAGUAUUCUCACUGCUUGGAGUGUAUUUCACACUCAUGACACUGCAUUCAAUCUUGUACAUGCCAAGACACACACACACAUCACCCCUCUCCCUCGUCUUAAAGCCUGGGUCUUAGUUAAUGGAAAUUUGGGAGUUUGGUGAUGGCAGAAUUAGGGCCUCAUUAGUGACUGUUGCUAUUGACACUUUGGCAGCUUCUCAAAUCAAAUUCAAAGACUGACAAGGUUACUUCACCUCUUACUGGUUUUGUAUCUGAACCAUUUUUGUAAAGCAUUUGCUCAGAGAUGCUGCUGGAGCCAUUCUUGCUGAGAUUGCGGUGGUUCGGUGACACUGUCACUGCUAAGUGUCCUUGACUGUAACUUGUAAAAGAGCUGCGGAGACAAUUCCCAAGUGUCUGUGAAAUGCCUGGAUUUUGAGAGUCACACUUAAGCCAUUGUGGCUGUCUGGCUCUUUCGGGAAGAAGCAGAGAAAAUGGAUUUAUUUACAGUUUCUGUUUGGACUGGGGGGAGGAAGGGGCAGGUCUGUGCCUGUUUAGCAGAAG